AUGGAGCUUGUUGCCAAUGUGUUUUCGCAGUCUAUCCAGCAUGUGAUUGAAGAAGAUGGCAUCCUGGCAUCCGAGCGUAGAGACGGCAAGCUCGCCGCCAUAUUCAAUAUGGACCUGUUGGAAAUCACCUCUCACUCAGUGAGUCUUAUGCUCACGUCAGCUGAAGGAUCCCAGUAG